AUGUUUACUACCGCCCGGCUGGCCCGCGCGAGCCGCAAUGGCCUGCUGCGCGCCUCACCGCGGGCAUCUAGCCUCACCGCCGCUGAGCCCUGUCUCGCGUGCGCACUUCCGAUCGCUCGCAGAACACUGUGUAGCUCGAGCCCGAGACACCGACAGGGCCGCGGCCCUCUAUAUGAAAAGAGCGAGAAGCAGACAGAACAUGUAACGGGGACGUGGGAGAGGCCGUCCGACUUUCAACGGCCACGACAGCACCCAUCAGACCCAUGGACGGCGUACCGGUCUGGGCAUGGCGACGGAUCAGGACCACCGCCCCCGCCCCCGCGUCGCACGGCGCGUGAAGCGGCAUCCGGGCCCGAGUCGAAAGCGGCCGUGGGGCUGGUCGUGCUGGCAGCGAUGGCCUUUUACGUGUGGAACUCGCAGACGGUGCCGCUGACGGGCCGCUCGCGAUUCAAUUUUCUAUCGGACGAGGUCGCGGAGUGGAUGCACCCGCGGGCGGUGCAGAGCAUCCUGAACCAAAUCUAUGCGCAAGGCGGCACCGUCCUGCCAGACGACAACAUACGGACGCGGAUCGUCAAGAAUGUCAUGCGGCGGCUGAUUCCCGUGAGCGGGCUGUCGCAUCUACAGUGGGAAAUUUACGUCAUUGCCGAUGAUUCCCAGGCCAACGCGUUUGUGUUGCCCGGCGGCAAGGUGUUUGUAUUCAGCGGGCUGCUCAACAUGGCCGGCAACGACGACGCGCUGGCGGCAGUGCUGGGCCACGAGAUUGCGCACCAGACGGCGUCGCACACGGCGGAGCGGCUGUCGCUGGCGUGGGUGGGCAACUUUACGACGGGCGCGCUCUUCUUCCUCGUCGGCGCGCUGCCGGGGCUCGCGCUCUUUGGCAUCUGGACGGCGACGGGCGCGUUUGUCAUCCCCGAGCUCAUGUACGAGCUGCCCAUGAGCCGCACGCACGAGUACGAGGCCGACCACAUCGGGCUGAUGAUGAUGGCCGAGGCGUGCUACGACCCGCGCGCGGCGAUUCCGUUUUGGCAGCGCAUGAGCCAGCAAGGGCAAGAGGUGGACGAGAUGCUGAGCACUCACCCAUCGAAUGACCAUAGAGUUGCGAAACUCGCAAAGCUGAUGCCAGAGGCCAUGACCAAGCGGGAGCAGAGCGACUGCAAGGGAACGGAGUCGUUCGCGCGACGGUUCCGACUUGCCGUGAAGCAGAAGCAGCCUGAGAUGCCACGGCCCGACCGGAUGUCGUAA